GCGCGUGGAUUUUGCGCAAUUUGGGGCACUGCCGAAGCCACCUGUUCCGCGAAGGGUGCGAAAAAGCGCGAGAAGGGUGCAGCAUGUCUGAUGGCGAGUCACCAUAAAUCAGUAUCAAUUUGUUUAGCGUGUAGACAAGCUGUGUUUCCGUAACAUUUCAUUUCGUAGACUGGACACCAUCAUCUUUAAGAACACCCACCAAAUUCUGAAUUAUUGCCAAAAACAAAACACAUAAAACUGAUCCCAAGUGCCUGAUUUUAGCUGAAAAUUUCGAAUAAAAAAAACCGUGCAAUUUUUCUCUGUGAAAAGAUCUAUCUUUUUCGUGCUUCACUGGUGGAUUACGUUUUUUCAUCCCCUUCCCCGUGCAAUUUUGUUUGAGCUCCGAAGGGCAUUGUGCGAAAAAUUGUUUAUUUGCUUAAAGCUCUACUUUAGCAGCUUUUUUUCAACUUUCUUUGUUGCAUCCUAAAAAGGUUAAUAUACUCCAAGUGCAAAUAGAACAUUGUGGCCACAUUGUCACGUCCUUUGUUGGAAGGCAAAAAAGGUGACAUUGAGAGGCAUAUGCAGAUGAAAUUGGGUGGUUUCUCUCAACCCAAGACCAAAACCACCAAAAAAGGAUAAAGUGAUUGUGGAGCGUGGUGGGAAAAAGUGAUAAAAUUGUUCAAGUUUUGAAGGAAGAAUAUAUAGCUGAAGCUUAAAAAAAAAGUCUUCUUAAUUGGGUUGUCGAUUUUUGUGUUGAAGCGCAAGCUGUAUUUCAUCGAUUUGGCUAUAUAAAUUUUCCACGUGAAAGUGUGUUAGUUGAUGUGAUUGUGUGCGAGUGAUCUAAUACAGUCAAAAGGUCCUGCUAUAUACCUUAAUCCCCGACCGAGGAGCAGACGCUGCUGCAACAGGGCCAUCAAUUUAAUACAUCUCAUCUCGCUGGGUGAAGGAAAUUUGCAUUUGAGACACCAUGGCAACAGCUCUUCCAACGUACCAUCCGUCACUCUUCAAUAUGACGGCAGCUUCUUUCCCCGAAGCUUAUCCCUCAACAUCCGCCGCUUGUGGAUAUUUCGAGUCCGAUUUAUCUAUUUUCGAGAACAAAAGUGGACUAGCUGAGGACAUGAAGUUCCUGGCAUCGAUGCCAGAACUCUGUGAUGUCACGUUUCUGGUUGGAGAGACCAGGGAACCCGUCUGUGCCGUUAAGGCUGUUCUUGCAUCGAGAUCCAGAGUUUUCCAAAAGCUCCUGUACCAAGCUCCAUCGCCCCAAAGAAGGAAGGAACCCCCUCAGCGCGAAAAUAAACUCAGGCUGUUCCUCAAGAGAUCCUCAGAGCCCCUUCUCAAUCUACAGAAUGCUGCUCAGCAGAGAAGUGGAUUUACGAACCAGUUAGCGCCAAUUCCUGAGCCAACAGGACACCAGCACCAGACAUUGAUCAUUGAGGAAUUUGAGCCGGAUGUCUUCCGGCAAUUGAUUGAAUACAUCCAUACGGGAGGCGUGACUCUACAGCCCCGAACUUUGUUGGGAGUUAUGAAUGCUGCAGACUAUUAUGGUCUAGAGGAAUUGAGGAAGGCCUGUGCCGGAUUUGUGCAGUAUUGCAUCAAUGUGGACACCGUAUGUGCUCUUUUAGCAUCCGCUGAGCGAUAUAUUCAGUAUAAAUGCACGAAAAAUCUGGUGCAGAAAGUACUGGAAUUUGUGGAUGAGCAUGGAAAUGAAGUACUCAACCUUGGCAGUUUUACUCUACUGCCACAGCAUGUGGUGCGACUGAUUCUGGCACGAGAGGAGCUCCGUGCCGAUGAAUUCACCAAGUUCCAGGCAGCUCUCAUGUGGAGCAAGAAGUAUUGUGACAAUAAUCCGAUCAAUCCCCUGAAGGAGGUCUUGGGAAAUUUCCUAGAGUACAUUCAAUUCCACAAAAUACCAGCAAAUGUGCUGAUGCGAGAAAUUCAUCCUCUUGGCCUUGUACCAUAUUCCAUUAUAAUGAAUGCUCUAGCUUUUCAGGCUGACCCGGCUAGUGUGGAUCCAGGCAAAUUGUCACCCAACUCAAGUCGUGUCCGUCGAGCUAGACAUGCAAAAGGACGCUCAAUGUCUGUCCAGAGUUCUCUUGAUCCCUAUGGUUCAAACACAACCCUCAGCUCUACUGGGAGCAGUGAUCCGCCGAAUGGAACUUGUAGCAGCAACUAG